AUGGGAAAACUCCUCAGUUUAUUAGCAAGAGAUGAUUCUAAUUGUUGCACUCCUCAAAAAUAUGAUCUAUUUCUUGAUUUUGAAAAUGGUGAACCAAGUGAGAGUGAACUAGAAACCUACCAGGAGGUGAAAAAUGUGCUAGCAUCAGCCGAAGGGAUUUUAUCUGAAUUAGCAUUGUAUAAGGGAGCAGGUCGUGAAAUAAGGGAAGCUAUCACAACGCCGACCGAUGAAGCUGUAGCAGCUGCGUGGGUUGUUGUGCUGCCCCUUGUUGCGAGGCUCAAAGCUUUCUACUUCUUCUCAUUGGAUAUACAAAGGGUUGUCCCAUUGAUACUCGAUGAAUUGUGCUCUGGCAUUAUGAGCCCUACGCAGCAUUUAGAGUCCCAACAAGCAUUAGUAAAACAGUUUGCAGAUAUCUUGGAAUUUGUUCUUAAAUUUGAUGAAUACAAGAUGAAGACUCCUGCACUGCAAAAUGACUUGAGUUACUACAGGCGUAGCGUUACGAGGAGAGGCUUCAACACCAUUGAAGGUGAAGCUGCCGUUAGUACUGAACUCGCCAACAGGAUGUCCCUUUUUUAUGCCCAGGCUACUCCUAUGCUCAGGGCACUAACACAGGCAACUGAGAACUUCGUAAAGCAGAACAAGGAUAUUAUUCCAAUUGAGAAUACAACGGAGACUCUUGCUACAAUGGCGAAGGUUUGUCUACGGAUGCUUGAGACUCCGAGCCUGGCCGGUCAGUUUGAGCGGGAAGAGACUGAACUCCUUGUGCUAAGGGUCAUGGUAGGAUUGAUCAUUCUGUAUGACCACAUUCAUCCACAGGGGGCCUUUGUGAGAUCAUCACCUGUUGACGUCAAAGGAUGCGUAAGACUGCUCCGAGAACAGGCACCCAUCAAAUCAGAACCCCUUCUUAAUGCUUUAAGGUAUACGACAAAGCACCUCAACGAAGACGCAACACCAAAACAGAUUAAAAAUCUUCUUGCUGCUUAA